GGGGAAUAGACAGUAGUAGAUCACUUGUCCAGUCAACGAUUUAGGUCAAGCCCUCGUUUUUGUUGUAUAUUUAACGGGUGUUGUACUCUGAGUGAAUUCACCUCGAUGAUGGAUCAGGGUGUUGUUAUGGAUGAGGUGUUUCUAUCCAUCGGAUGGUGGGGGCGGUACCAGAGGAUACAGUUUCUGAUGACGAUGCUUCCGGUGCUGGCGUGCGCAGUUCACGUGAUGUCCGUAGUGUUUAUAGGUCGUGCAGUCCAGCACACGUGCUCACCUUUGACCUCCCUCAACAUAACGUUGGAAGAUGGAGGCCAGACGACUGACUAUGACGUCAUUCUAAACUCCAGAAAUCUCAGCCUGAACGUCACAUACGGGGCGUGUAGCGUUGACGUCACCAACGGGUCUCACGUGGUUUAUUCCAGCACGUGCCUCAAUGGAUACCAGUACGCGGAGCCCAGGGACAGAUCGUUUGUAUCGGAGUGGGAUCUCGUAUGUGAGGGCGAGUCACUCUCUGAUGUAUCACAGACGUUGCUGUCUCUGGGUCAGAUGGCUGGCGCUCUCAUCUUCACCGCUCUGGCUGACGUGUACGGGAGAAAACCCACCUACAUGAUAACCCACCUCCUGCUGUUUGCUGUGGCCGUGGGGAUCGCCUUCUCGCCCAGUUUUAUCGUCUUCGCCGUUCUACGGUUCCUGAUUGGUGCCUUUCAGCAGGGCACCGGCCUCAUCUCCAACGUCCUCCUCCUCGAGAUGCUGCCCACACAGCAGCGGGCUCUGCCCUCACAGGUGGGCAGCUACGUCUGGCCUGGCUCCCUGCUGGUGCUCUGCCUGUGUGCUUACGUCACCAAAGACGUCAGUUGGCAGUACACGGAGCUCCUGCUUGCAGGGUUGUCUAUUUACGUCCUGUUUCAGUGGUGGAUCACAGACGAGUCCAUUCGAUGGCUUUUGGCCAACAACAAAUUGGCCACGGCCGAGAAAAUUUUAUACAAGGCGACAAAAUCAAACAAAGUGGAUUUCAACAAAGCACUUGAGUUGAUGAGAAGUGGUGAUCUGCGCAUGUCCACUCUGCCGACUGAGCUGAAGGUACAAGACAGUGUCCGACAGACGCAGGUACAUGAUAGUGACCGGAACAUGCCUGAUGUUUCCAGCUCUGAAGUGCCAGUUCCAUCAGCACCAGCAUCAGAAGAGCUCCGGUUCUCGGCCUUCGUCAGAAAUAAGAAUAUAUUCGUUAUAACAGCCAUUUCCUGUUACAUGUGGUUCGCCGACAGUUUGACUUACUACGGUCUGCUGAUGACGUCAACAUCACUCACCGACGAUUUUUACCUGGGAUUUUUCGUCAACGUUCUAGUGGAGCUACCUGCGGCUUUUGCAUUUGGUGUGCUCAUCAACAGAAUCGGACGAAAAAAAUGUAUUUUCAUCUUCCACGUCAUUGCGGGGUUUUCAUUGCUGACGUCAGAGGUUCUGUCCAACGCACCUUUUGCAGAGGCCAUCCCAGGCAGGAAGUGGAUCAUCAUGGGCGUCUCCCUGUUGGGCAAGUUCGGCAUCUCCGUGGGGUUUGGUACCUUGUUUCUGUACUCACCUGAGCUGUACCCGACUAACCUCAGGAAUUCUGGAUUUGGAAUUUCUUCUAUGGCUGCUCGAGUAGGCGGAAUGGUGGCGCCCUAUUCUAGAACAUUCGCACGUCACGUGGCCUGGGGCCCUGGUGCUGUCUUCACCUGUCUCUGUCUUCUGGUUCCGGUCUUGAUUGGUUUCUUACCCGAGACACACGGACACGAGUUGCCGCAGACCAUUGCAGACAUGGACAAAUGGAUUGACAGUACACGGAGGAAGCGGAGCAAGAAAGAUAGACAUGGACAAAUACAUUGACGGUACUAGAAAAAUGGACAAAUA